ACCAAUGUGCUAGAACGGAAACCUCGGCGGGCAGAGCCUGCCUCCCUUGGUCCACAACCGGCACAUGGUACCUCCCGUAGUUCCUGGCCACACCAGGCAUUUGAGGCCUAUCUUUUAAGGAAUAAAUGGUGGCUACUAGGUUGCCAUUCCCACCUUCUAGCUGCCCUAUCACACCAGUGGGUAGAAACCAACGGGGAAGUUAAGCCUCCAGGACCCUGGGGCCUUAAUGGUGGGAAACACCCCCACAAAGAAACUCGCUCCAGAAGGCACCAGCCAAAAGCCUGUUAAUCAUUCACCAGCACCCUAGCACCGCAGGGAGAAGCCUGUGUGCGGCUCCAGCACAGGACUUCCUGGACUCCUGGGCUUCCUGUGCCCUGGUGAGGGCCUCCCAGUCUACAGGUCAGCAGCUGGACAGAGAGGAGAGGCAGAACCCAGCCACAGGUAAGGUGGAUGGGUGGCUUGAGGCAAAAGGUCCUGGAUCCAGUCUCUUUCCCCACCCUACCCCAAACCUGACUUCUCUCACUGAGGACACCUGAAUAUACGUACCCUGAGCAACCCCCAAAACGACAUCACAAAAGAACGGAACGCAGCUGAAGAGGUAAGUUUGGAAGGCAGAAGGGGAACACAGUUGCUAGGCAACAGGCCCUGGUCCACCUUUGUUCGCUCUGGUGACAGCAAUGAGGUCUGGUCAGGGACACUUGGCAAUACCAACACCUUUUCCUCCCAACAGUUGCUUGAGUCAGGGCGUGGCUCAGGCCCCCAGAGUGUGGGGCCUGAAGGAUUACCUGGUCAGCCCGCUCUUAGGACACAGGAGUGUUAACAGCAGAAUCAGGUUCACAUGGACAAACUGAUGACAAAGAACAUGUGGAAUGAGGAGUUCUGGCAGAAACCCUGGGACCAGGGAGCCCUGGUAGUGAUCUGUUUAUUCGUUACCAUGAUCCUGUUUCUCAUUGUGUUUGCCAUCAUAUUUGGUUUUCUCCCUCCAUUUGAGAAGAUUGACCCGUGUGAAGAGUCGUGACCUGACUUUCUGGGGGCCAAGAAGGGGCCCACCUGUUAGACACUCUCGAAACACCAUGUAUCUUUUCUUCAAAGCCCUUUCAGAGUCUGCAAUUAUACAUUUUUAUUAAUGUAAUUAAUAAAUUUGUUAAUAUUA